CCCUGCCUGGUUCCAGGGGAGAUGUUAAUCCCGUAUUACUCUGGCCGCGUGAUCGACAUCCUGGGAGGCGAUUUUGACCCCGAAGCCUUCGCCAGCGCCAUCUUUUUCAUGUGUCUUUUCUCCUUUGGGAGCUCGCUGUCCGCAGGCUGCCGAGGAGGCUGCUUCGUCUUCACCAUGUCCAGGAUCAACUUGCGGAUCCGGGAGCAGCUCUUCUCCUCCCUUCUGCACCAGGACCUGAGUUUCUUCCAGGAGACUAAGACAGGGGAGCUGAACUCGCGGCUGAACUCGGACACCAAACUAAUGAGUUCCUGGCUUCCUCUUAAUGCCAACGUGCUCCUGCGGAGCCUGGUGAAAGUGGCGGGACUGUACAGCUUCAUGCUCAACCUGUCGCCUCGACUCACCCUCCUGUCUCUGUUCGAGGUGCCUCUCACCAUAGCUGCUGAAAAGGUGUACAAUGGCCGCCAUCAGGCGGUGCUUCUGGAGAUCCAGGACGCGGUGGCGCAGGCGGGGCAGGUGGUGCGGGAGGCCGUUGGAGGGCUGAAGACCGUGCGCAGUUUUGGGGCUGAGGAGCACGAGGCCUGUCGCUACGAGGAGGCCCUGGAACGGUGCCGGAAGCUGUGGUGGCAACGAGACCUGGAAAGGGCCCUGUAUCUGCUCUUCCGGAGGAUGCUGCACUUGGCGAUGCAGGUGCUGAUGCUGAGCUGCGGGCUGCAGCAGAUCCUGGCCGGGGACCUCACGCGGGGCGGGCUGCUCUCCUUUCUGCUCUUCCAGGAGGACUUGGGCCACCACGUGCAGGUGCGUCACCAGCCGCGCAUGCUCUCUCCGUCCCUCUGUUUUUCUCUCUGGCCUCUGCGCCUUGGGAUUUAUUGGUUCCCCUUAAAGACACAAGACAAAACUAAAUCCCAGCUCAUUGUGGUCCCUGUGCACCAGCACAGCCCGCAGCGGGACCAGGAGCUGCCGGACGGACGGGUGUUUCGUGGCCUCUCAGACGUAGGGGAGAAGGGGAACCUGCUGGCCGUGGGGCAGAAACAGCGUCUGGCCAUUGCCCGGGCCCUCGUGCGGGACCCUCGCGUGCUCAUCCUGGACGAGGCCACCAGCGCCCUGGACGUGCAGUGCGAGUGGCUGAGAAGGGCACUGCAGGACUGGCGCUGCCGCAAGGACCGCACGGUGCUGGUGAUCGCUCACAGGCUGCAGACGGUGCAGCGCAGUUACAAAUUACCUCAAUUAUGCAUAUUUUUGCAGCUGACAAUUUGGAUUCUUUGUAUUUUAGAGUUUUGA